ACAGCUAGACAUACGGUCUCUCCUUUAUAGUUUAAGAGAACGGAUAGAAACAGUUUUACUGAUUUAACUCUUAGUGAGAUUCUUAAACUUCAAACAAGCAGCAAGAUGGUAACUUUCUUCCAGAAAACCAGACAAAGAAUUACAAAUAUUCAUUUUAUGAUAAAAAGUGCUCGACUAUUAGGACAAAUACCUGAAAUGAGAAUAAAGGAGUAUUUAUCAAGCAAGGUAAAGUACCAGCAACUGAUGAAGGCUUUGAAAUCAGUGAGAGACCGUUUCCGUGAAUCGAAUCAACAGGAUGCUUUAAAAAGCGAAACAGUAGAACCUACAAGGCAGUGUUUGGUCCUUGUGCCGGACCCUGGUAAAAAUCCUGAGGUUCGUGGAAAAGCAAACAUUAAUGACCUGAACCUUAUCAAAUGCCUCAAAGCUGAGAAAGCCGGCCUCUGUGAAUUGAUAGCUGCUGAACAAAGAGCUUUUGCUGACGAAAAGUCAGACUUACUGAAAUCUUUAGAGCAUAUGCAGUUUUUAAACGAGGAACUUAAAAAAAGAUGUGAGCGUGCUGAGAAGCAGGCUGAAAAACUUCAGGUCGAACUGGAUGAAGAAGUUAAGGCUCAUGGUGACACGUUUAUGCUGAUGACGUUUUAUAAGACAGAACAGACUAAACUACAAAAGCCAGUGGAACACGAGCACAUUAGGACUUUUAAAAACGCAGAGAAAGAAUUAUUGGUCGCUGUUGACAAAGUUAAGACUUUAUGUGAUGAAAUGAAUCACAAGACCGGCGUUGCUGGUGCAAGCGCCAAAUCUGAAGAUCUGAAAAACAAAAACGACAUCCAGGCUUGCAAAGAACCUAAAUCUUGGUUGGGGACUUUCAGGUCUCUCAGGUCUGGACUGGCUGCGGCCAAGAAAAUGGUUUUUAAACCCGAAGCGGAUAAAAACAAAGCUCAUUCUGAAAGCUCAGAGAAAGCGACUCAAGAAGUGACUGAGGAACUGAAAGCUGAAAGAAACCCUUGCCAGAAAGGAAAUGAGCUAACGCUGGAGAUGAUUUUCAGGCGUCCAUGGGGACCUCCCAGUACACAGAAACUAACUCAGUCACAGAAAAAACUCCAGGGUGAAUAUAAGAUGGAACUUCGUAACUUUAGGAAACAUGCUCGAUAUGUUGAGGAUUUACUCAUAAAAGAAGUUCUGGCUCAUACUAAAGUGAAAAUACAGAUGGAGAAUUUGAAAACAGGGACCGAAGAUCCCCAGAUAUGCAAGGUGACUUUUCAAGAGCCAGAGAACAGCGACCUACCUACAUUUACUGAAGAUGGCGAAAAUGCAGUCAAGCGGAGUCAACCUGUGCCUACUGAGUCCUCUCAGUUAACAUCUUCAAACACAGAUGGUGACUGUGACUCUAUUCAUUAUUCGCUUUAAUAAGAAGCCGUCAGACAGACUUCCAGCACAUUAGAAGGUGCAUUCAACGGUUUGUUAACCAGUUCAACACUUUUCAACAACUGGGCAUCAUUUCAUUUACUAUCAGCAAGAAUUUGAUGGAUAUUUCCAGAAAUUAACAGUAUAAACUACACAGUCGCUUUGAUGAGCUGACUUGGAGUAGCUGGGCGUAGGCCACGGACAUCCAGCGUGGAUCUAUGACGCGACAAUUAUUAUUAUCUCUACAAAACCGGUAAACUGCCUUCAUUUGUUUCAGUCUCUCUUCCUGUUUACAGUCGCGUUCGUAAAACUAAUGAUGGUAGGAUUAUGAAAGCCUUACAUAGUUGAUGUUAAACGCAGGGAAGGUGGUUACAUCUUAGCUAGCAUAUUUCAUCAUACACCGUGCACGGGUAAAAGAAAUUACGUAUAUUUUUAGGGAAUCUAUUGUUUUGUCGUUAUAAUCAUUAGGAUGUUGGGAAAACGAACUACAAGUAGAAAAUUCCUGAAGGAAUUUUGUAAGUGGCAAGCAAGAUGGUGGCCAUGUGUUACAGAGCUCUGCUCGUUAGUUUAAGAGACAUGGGGUGAAUUAACUCUUAGUUAGGGUUAGGGUUAUUAGUAGACUGGUUAUGGUUAGAGCUGGGGUUAGGGUUAGACACAAUCCAGUCACUAAAUUGAACAGAAGUCAGUGGCGGUCCUGUGUGUGUGUGUGUGUGUGUACCGGUGUUGCAAUAAAUAAAUAAAUAAAAUAAACAUCUCAUCCGUUGAAUCACCACUUUAACGAUGGGUUUGCGUACCCCAUGAUUCCUAAGGCUGGUUUGCCAGGGUGUUAGCUCCAGAAGGGGUCCAGGGCAACUUUGCCUCAGGUGAGGGGUCAGACUAAGAAUGGUUCAAACACUUUGAUUAAAAGCCAGAACUCCUUAGAAUGAGACCGAAUGUAAUCCGAUAGGCCUUGUGGUUGCAGAAAUAUACUCAUUAAAGUGUGGGCAUGUCAUUUUCCAAACGUUUUGGGCAUGUUUUGGUCUCCUUUGAGUCUUUCAGAGUCCUUUGUUGAAGUGAAGUCCGAGAGGCAGAGAGUGAAUCAGUCACCGUUAGCUUAUGCUACUGGGUUGCAGAGAUCCUGGCUGUUGUGGAGAACUUUGAACAGAGUCAGCGAUGACGUCUUGUAAGGGAUCUUUCUCCAGAGAGAAGUGAUCACCUCCUUAAAGGUUGCCACCGAGCAUACUGCCAAGGCAUGAGAAGGAACCUGAGCAAGGUCCAAAGCCCGUGGAUUAGUGCCAAUGGAAACACGUGUUGCAGAAGGACUGCCGACCAUGAAGAAGCUACAACGAUGUUCUGCUGAUCUGCGGUGGCCUCAUGGAGGGGGGCAUCGUCUAGCACACUGCUGCUAACCACUUAAACUUUCUCCCUCUCCUGAUAAUAACUUUUUGCUUUCCUUGACGUUGGAUGUGCUACUACUAGUUUACCCGUUUAAUUAGAGAUUCACUAGGAUAAAUACAAUAAAGUUUAUCUCUCACCAAAUAGAAUAUUUACUAAGCAAUCACAAUGUAACCAUAGAAACACUGCUUGGUUUGUGUGUGUGUGUGUGUGUGUGUGUGUGUGUGUGUGUGUGUGUGUGUCGUGGAGGAUGGCUGCUUAUACUGAGCCAGGAUUCUCUGGAGGUUUCUUCCUGUUAAAAGGGAGUUUUCCUCUCCACUGUCGCUAUAUGCUUGCUUAGUAUGAGGAUUGCUGUAUAGUCACUGACACUAGUCAGUGACUUGAUGCAACCUGCUGGGUUCCUUAUAUAGGAAACAUUUCUGAUUGGCUUAAUGAACUGACCUGAAUUGGAAUGUUUAUUAUGUGAAAUGCCUUGAGACGACUCUGGUCGUGAUUUGGCGCUUUAUAAAUAAACUUGAAUAAAAUUGAAUUUAAUUGAA